AUGUACAUGUGCAAAGUCAUGACCUAUAGCUUGUGUGCGAAUACCGACGAAAAAAGAGCCGUGUUGCUGGCAGCGAUGAACUCCGCCACUGUCAUCAGACAGCCCGGAUGCCUCUGCUUCUUCUUCCUGCACUUCUCAGCCGUCUCACCGUCGACUAUGACAGAACACUUCUUGCAGGUAACAUCUCGCCAUCUCUUGCGACGUGUCCAUGAAAUUGUAAUGUCAGCCCUCUCCGCGGCAUCGAGAACAGCACCCAGCAUCCGAGUGGCGGGCAAAGCAGAGUCGUCAGACAUACAGGAGCUAUGCAAGCACAGCUCCUGUGUCGUCGUCAAGCUGCUUUUCAGACAUGUCAAGGCUGGCAAGAGACGGCCCUCAUCCAUGCAUGCCUGCACCCAUUGUCGACCGCAAAAACCGCCUCCCAAGUGGCGAGCAUCAGCCGAGAAAGCACUCUCAGACGGCUUGAAGAUGAAGUCACGCUCGACCUCGUCAGACCAGCAGACCAGUAGAGGAGUCGAUGACUGCCGCAGUCCUCAGAUGUAUGACGAAGCAGAUCGUAAACCAAAUUUCUUUGGUCUUCGAUCGACUCAGGCCAAGCACGAGCAAUUGCCCAGUCGUUCAAGAUCAGGCAGGUCCGGUGUCUUGCUGGAGUCAUGGCCAUGCACCACCAUGAUCAAACGGUCGCGGUCGGCCGCAAGGACUUCAGACCGCACGGCUGAAAGUCUGGCCACGCCGAUCUUCAGCUUCUCGAAGCGUUUUUCAGCCUCCCGCUCUUUUUCUAUCAGGCGGCCAGCAGCGGCUCUUCGGACGAAGCAUCAAGUCCUCCUUCUUGGUCUUGUACUUUUGCAGGGCGGCAGUCAGGCUAACUUGCUUGUCAGUCCUGCGACGUUUGGCUGA